GCCCUCGCGCUGAGGUAACGGUCUCCCGUAACGCUGAGGAGAGGAGCCAGACGGGCGGGUGCCGCCGCGGGGAGCCGCCCGCCGCGCUUCGCCUGCGCCCGCCCGGGCCCCUCCUGGGCCGAGGGCGCCGCGCUGCCCCCCGGCCGGCCGCCCCCGCGCCGCCCCGCCUCGGGGCGCUAUGAGCCAUGAAGCCGCCCGGCAGCAUCUCCCUGCGGCAGCCUCGCUGCGGCCGCCGCCUCCCCGCCGCCUGCCGCCCCGCGCUCCUGCCGCUCCUCGGCCGCCUCGUCUCGCUGCUCCUGCUCCUCCAUGGCUCCUCCUGCCCCCGGGCCCGCGCGGCUGCAGCGGCCGCCGGUGGGUAUGGCGGGGACCUGCACUGGAAUGAAAUGGCAGGCGAUAUAGAAGGAGUACUGGCAGAUGAAGAGAAUACAUUUCAACAGAAUAAAAGCAGUAACAGUAAAAAUAACAGUUACAGCAAUGUAAUCCAAAAAGAAGUCACACUGCCUUCAAGACUAAUCUAUUACAUCAACAGAGACUCUGAAACCCCUUACCAUAUCCUGAAUACCAGGGCAAGGCACCAGCAGAAACAUGACAAGGCUGUACAUCUGGCCCAGGCGAGUUUCCAGAUUGAGGCCUUUGGCUCCAAAUUCAUCCUUGACCUCACAUUGAAUAAUGACCUGUUAUCUUCCAAUUAUGUGGAGAUUCACUAUGAAGAUGGAAAACAGAAGUUUUCUAAGGGUGGAGAGCAUUGUUACUACCAUGGAAAUAUCAGAGGUGUCAAGGAUUCCAAAGCUGCUCUUUCAACUUGUAAUGGACUUCAUGGCAUGUUUGAAGAUAGUACUUAUUUGUACUUGAUAGAACCGAUGGAUCUGACCCACAGUGAAGAAAGUAAAAGUAGGCCACAUAUCAUCCAAAGAACUUAUGAAACACAAGCCUCCAAGCAGUUGCAGGACCUUGACACCGAAUCUAGUUCUGAAUGGCCCUUUCUGUCUGAACUACAGUGGCUGAGGAGAAAGAGAAGAAAGAGAGCAGUAUCUCGUGGUAUUUUUGAAGAAAUGAAGUAUCUGGAGCUCAUGAUAGUCAAUGACCAUAAAAUGUUCAAAAAGCACCGUUCUUCAAAUGCAUACACAAACAAUUUUGCGAAGUCUGUGGUAAACCUUGUAGAUGCUAUAUACAAGGAACAGCUGAACACCAGGGUGGUUCUUGUUGCUGUGGAAACCUGGACAGAUAGAGAUCGUAUUAAUAUUAACCCUGACCCUCUGCGGAUGCUUCAUGAUUUCUCCAAAUAUCGACAGCACUACAUCAAACAGCAUGCUGAUGCUGUGCACCUGCUCUCGAAUGUGACAUUUCAUUACAAAAGGAGCAGCUUAAGUUACUUUGGAGGGGUUUGCUCUGUGACCAGAGGAGUAGGAGUGAAUGAGUAUGGCCUCCCUUUGGCCAUGGCACAGGAACUAGCACAAAGUCUUGCUCAGAACCUCGGAAUACAGUGGGAGCCAGCUGCCAGGAAACCGAAGUGUGACUGCACUGAAUCCUGGGGUGGUUGCAUCAUGGAGGAAACAGGGGUAUACCAUUCCAGGAAAUUCUCCAAAUGCAGCAUUGCAGAAUACAAAGAGUUUUUACUUCGUGGGGGAGGUGCCUGUCUUUUUAAUAGGCCAACAAAGCUCUUUGAAACCACUGAGUGUGGAAAUGGAUACGUAGAAGCAGGAGAAGAAUGUGAUUGUGGUUUCCGAAUGGAAUGCUAUGCAGACUGUUGUAAGAAGUGCUCUCUUUCUAAUGGAGCUCAUUGUAGUGACGGACCCUGCUGUAAUACAUCAUGUCUUUUUUUCCCACGAGGCUAUGACUGUCGAUACGCAGUGAAUGAAUGUGAUAUUGCAGAGUUCUGCACUGGAGAUUCUGGCCAGUGUCCACCAAAUCUUCAUAAACAAGAUGGGUAUGCCUGUGAUUCUAAUCAGGGUCGUUGCUAUAAUGGUGAAUGCAAGACAAGAGAUAAUCAGUGCAAAUAUAUCUGGGGAUCUAAGUCUUCAGGAUCUGACAAAUUUUGUUAUGAAAAGCUUAAUACGGAAGGCACAAAAAAGGGAAACUGUGGAAAGGAUGGAGACCGAUGGAUUCAGUGUAGCAAACAUGAUGUUUUCUGUGGCUUUUUGCUCUGUACUAAUCUUACUAGAGUUCCACGAGUUGGUCAGGUUCAAGGAGAAAUUAUCCCAAAUUCUUUUUAUCAUCAAGGACGAAUAGUGGACUGCAGUGGUGCUCACGUUCUUUUAGAUGAUGAUACAGAUUUAGGUUAUGUGGAGGAUGGAGCUCCAUGUGGACCUCACAUGAUGUGUCUGGACAAAAAGUGCCUGCCAAUUCAGUCCUUGAACAUAAGCAGCUGUCCUGUUGGUUCCAAUGGAAAAGUCUGUUCCGGGCAUGGGAUUUGCAGUAAUGAAGCCACUUGCAUUUGUAAUUUCUCCUGGGCUGGGACAGACUGUAGUAUUGAUGAUCCUAUCAGGGAUACUGGUAGCAAGAAGGAUGAAGGACCCAAGGUGAGCAUGGCCACUAACAGGCUAAUAGGUGCAGUGGCAGGGACCAUUCUGGCCUUGGGGGUGAUUUUUGGAGGCACAGGGUGGGGAAUAGAAAAUGUCAAAAAACGAAGGUUCGAUCCAAGUCAACAAGGCCCUAUCUGAAGAAAUACGAUUCAAAAAGCUGCUUUUGCACUACUGGAUUUUGGGUACGAUGUCUUUGCUGUCGCUGCACAGGAACUAAAUCAGUAAGGAAGAACAUGAGAAACAGUAACUGUAAACACAUUGUUGGGAUGUUAGGAUUUGAGGUGGUAGAAGACUGUCCUUUUUGGAGAUAAGUUCAAAAUACUUCCUCUCUUCACCUUUCUCUUGUUAACAUUAACUGACAAGUGGUACAAGCAAACUGUCGCAAAAUCAGGUGGGUUUUUUUUCCUCAAGCAAAGGAGGAGACACACACAGACCAAGUGCAAUAAGAGAACUGCUCCAAAAUAAUGAAAUACAAGAUUUUUUUUCCCAGCCUGCUGGCACUCUUAACUUCACUUGAGUUCGCAUGACUUCCUUUUUCUUACCAAACUCCAGUGGCAUGAGGAGCUAAUUUUGAAAGGGUAACCUGCAUGGCUCACAUACAACCAACCAAGCUAGCAAGCUGACCCCAAGCAGAAUCCGCAGCCCAAAAAAUACAAACCACUGGGAAGCCGAUACCAGGCUCUGAUAGCUUUUUGCAGCCACGCAGUGCGUUCUGCUGCUGGACUUCAGAGUUCCCUGCUCUGUGAGCUCACUGUCCACCUUGUUUUGGUCUCCUGGGCCAGGAGUCUGUCAGGUACGGAAGCUAUCGAGUGAUGGGUGUAAUUCUUCCAAGAAGGAACAAGUGUAAAUAUGGAAAUAAGAUUUUGAUGUAUCAUUUUCACAGAUUAUAUAUAAAUAUAUAUAUAUAUGAGAGAAAAGGAUUUCCAUAUAAAAAGGUUCUAUUCUUUAUGUAAAUCUAUUUUUGAUGUUGGGUUUGGUUUUGGGUUCUUUUCGCUCCCCUUUUUUUCUGUAGCAUGUUGUACAGCGGAUGUUCUGGGCUUGCUCAAAAAAGGCAGAUAAUAGCAUGCAGAUGCAGGGAGUCCUGACACCAAACAGAUGUGAUCUGAAGUUUGUAUGCUUGAAACCAAAAACAAUUAAAAUGUAUAAAUGCAUAUCUAUGUAUUGACUAUAAGUCUGGAUUACUGGUUUUUUGGCUGUUACAGGUUUUCUGUAAUACAGUGUAAGACAAGUGACACCCUUUCAAACUAAUCACAGAAGUGCCAAGCUUUUUUUUUUUUUUUUUAACAAUAGCUGCUUUUUUUUUCCUGUCUCAAUCCCGCAAAAUAAAAACUUACAUAAGCCUUAAAAUACUCACAAAAUGUUAAAAGCUUCUUCUCUUGCCUUCUGCUCACCCACCCAAACCAGCUUGCAAAGGUGACUGAGGUUUCUAACUCACUCCCUCUGUCUCUUCAAUGCAUCUCACUUUCCAAAGUCUAAUGCAAAAGCAGAGCUUUGACCCGCAGCUAACGAUAGGUAGUUACUGUCACAAAGCGUGCAAAAUCCCAUGUAAUUUCAGGGGGUUACGUGUUGCAAUUACUUCUAGGUACACCUUGUGCACAAACAGAUUUUUGCAGGGAAGGGCUGGGCUGCAGUGCGGUGCCCCUGGUAACCGGGCUGGCCCGGGUGUAUCUGGCUGGAGAAAGGCAGGGAGGUGUCUCACGCAGGGCCCUCAGAAGUACAGAGCUGUGCAGCCAGGCUCAUCCUGCUCGUCUUGAUUUAAAACCCAGGUAACACAGUUUGUGUCAGCAAAGUGACCUGAAAAUUCCAUUGUUGCAUCUGACAAUCAGAAUUAAAAACUUGUGUAGUUUGGGGUUUAAUUUAAAGGUUGGAUACUAGUAACAGCAGAAGUCCAGUUACACUAUUUACUCCGUCUUUGUUCAGUGGAAAUCCGUUUCCUGAGUUAGCUUUAAGAGCCAAAAUACUAAGAAAAUGCUGCAGAUUUCCUGUGACUUACAAAAUCUCAUUUCAAUUAUAUUUCUUACUAUGAUAAUGUUCAAUCAAACGGUCUCACAAGAGAACUGCAAUAUAUUGUCUUGGUUGACAGUUACUAUUAAAUGUUUUUAAACAGCUUUAACGUAAUCACAUUGACACUACCUUAUGAGUUAAAGGUGCUGCACACAGGUAGUCAACAUUGAUACACAUUGUAGAUCUUAUUCUGAAAAAUUUCUGCCUGGCCUCAAGCAGAAUGAAGUUAAUGACAAUACUUUUACGGCAAACCAAAAAUACUUGCAGCUGUAUUAUUGUCCUCUAAAAGUACUUUGCUUGGGAACAUAAUCCCCAGCUUUGUUAGGGUUCUGCUCCCUAAGCAGGUGUAACCCACAACAGAAAUACUAGCAGAUUCUAAAAAUUAAAAUAAGUCGAAUCAACUGGAUAUACAUAAACUACCUGUGUAAUAAACCUGUGAGAAGCAUUUCACAAACAACAUUGUUAGUGUGUGAUGUGAUGUUUUAAAUCAGACCACAGUGGUCCCCAGUUACUAUGUACAUAUGUUCAGUGCUGGAGUAACUUUUUUAUUUACACCAGCAGUUUCAUAGGUAUUAUGAUUUCUUGACUGAAUUUAUGCUCCACUCAUCUGCCAUUGCGUGUGCGUGGAAGAACACAUUCGCUUUCUGUCCUGUGUGCACACAACGCAAGUGACAACACAGCUCCGAGUAGGUAUGGGCUGAAGUGCUUUCUGUGGUGGCAGACAAAAAAGCGGUUUUGGUAGGCAUUGAUUUUCUACAUCCCACCUUUGCCGUGCCUUGGGAAGUACGUAUCCACCUAGCAUUGAUUUGUUCAUCACAAAGCAUCAAAAGACGACCCAGUGGGCACUGCCUGCAUUUCAUCCACUGCACAUUUGCUCCAUUGUUUACCUAUUCACCUGGACAACAAACUGUGGUCACUGUAUAAGCUUGUUCCGGUUUGCUGCAUGAUCUCACCCAUUUGAUCUGAUCCUGCUAGGCAUUAACAGCUGUGUAAGUGCAUGUGAAAAGAAAUAGAUUACUUAAGGCUAGAGUUUAACUAAUUUUUCUUUACUAUGCAAAGAUGGGUAUUGCACAAAUAAAUUCAAGACAAAUGUCUAAGGAAAUGCCCUAGAAUACUUGAAGUUAUGUUUUAAGCCUAAUCAGUCAUGUUUUAUAUUCAUUACUGCUUCCACUGUUAAUCUUCCUUUUAAAAGUUAUUUGUAAUUAAUUAUUUUUUUAAGUGCACAACUUGAUGUUAUAAAUCAGUUUUUGUUUGAAGUUAAUACUCAUUCAUAUCUUGUUGGCUGCUAAUGAAUGGAAAUUCAAUAGUCCUUGUUCUGCAUCUUAGCAAAAUGAGUAUUAAAAACAUCAUGAACAUGGAA